AUGCGCUGCGUCAGCCGCUUCCUCGCAUGGCUGUACAUCUUCAACGUGGUGGGUGUUGACGUCAUCUACCAGGUCAUCCUCGCCCACCUCGCCGCGGAGCCGCGCAGCGACGACGACAUUGACCAGGCAGCGGCGCUCUUCCGCGAGACGUUCCGCGCCAUGUCGGAGCGCAAUGUGGCGGAGUUCCACACGCACGUGCUGACGCCUAUACGCGACCUCCUCGCGAUGGACAGUGACGAGUGGCGCCUCUCCGCCCGCGCGCAGACGCUGUUGGAGGACUGUCUGCGUGAGGUGCAGCAGUGGGAGCGGGUGAAGCACACCACGAGCAUCAUACCCCCGCACCUGCUGCUGGUGGACCCUGCGGAGCAAAAAUGCCACGAGGUGGACCUUGAAGAAGCGGCGAGCAUGGACACGGAGGAGAAACUCGACCGGUUCGCGUUGGAUGCGGAGUACGAUGCGCACGAGGCGGAGUACGAGAUUGCGCGCUGUGCUAUUCUGGGCGAUGACUGGGAGACGGAGCUGAUGGAGCAGAUCGCAGCUGCGGAGGAGGCCGAUGAGGAAGCGGAAGAGCAGGAAAGAGCUAAACAGGAGCAGCAGCAGCAGCAGCAACAACAACAAGAGCAGAUCGGGGAUACACCGAAGCAGCUCAUCGACGAGCAGGAGCGCCAGGUGCGGAAGGACGUGUAUAUGGCAAUGCGCAGCAGCGUGCGGGCGGACGAGGUGGCGCAUAAAAUACUCAAGUCCAUGCAACCGCAGACGGAGCGCACGGUUUGCUUCAUGGUUAUUGAGGGCUGUUGCGAGGAGGCGUCAUACAAGAACACGUACGGCAUGGUGGCGGAGCGCCUCUGCAAGAGCAAUGCGAGGUUCCAGAGCUUCUUUGCCGAAGCCUUUCGCCUGCGCUACGAGCGUGCGGAGGACCUUGAGGAGAAGCAGAUUGAGUUCACGUGUAAGAUCUACACCCAUCUUCUUCGGACUGAAUCGCUGCCGUGGCACAAGUGCCUCUCGGUGCUGGAUGUUGUGGAUAGCGAUGUGUCGCAACGGCUCAUGAUCCAGUGGCUGCUGCAGGGGCUGGUAGAGGCUCGGGGCAUGCGGGUGGUGCGGGAGCGGUUCGAGGGGGACAGGGAGCUGCGGUCCAACACGACGAAGCUGUUCCCUCUUGCUGCUUCAGAGGAUGCGCUGGAGCGGGCGGUGAAUAUGUUCGAGGCGAUGGGAGUCGGCGAGCUGGGCGCCGGCGUGCGUGCGCGGCUGGAGGAGGUGCGGCGCGCAAGGAGAGCCGCUGCCAUCAGCAGUGGCGGCGGCAACAGUGGCUACUACUACGACUACAAUCGCGACCACCACAGCCACAACAGCAGCGGCAACAACAACAAGCGGCGGCGGGACGACAUGGAGUACAUCUAA